GCAGAGUAGAACAGGUUUGUUUAGAUUGUUAGGAAUAACUCAGUGUCCAGCAGGUCACAGCAACAAUUGAAUAAACGUGAGCUUUUUGGUGGAGGAAACUCGCUGUGCUCAUUGUUAGUAACAUGAUUUCUGCUGUGGGCAUAAUGCUUUGUUUGAGCUUCAUUUAUGGAUCAUCUUAUGCUUUGAUUCCAAAAUGCUUCCAGAUGAAAGCAGAAGUCUACCACUCUCAGCUGUUCUCAGAGAAUAAUGUAACAGCUCUGACUGAUGAUGAAGGGCUUUAUGAUCCGGAGUGUCAACCCAAUGGACUCUUCAAGGCCAAGCAGUGCAAUAGCAGUGAUGUGUGCUGGUGUGUAGACAGUGCAGGUGUGCGUGAAUCUGACAACGGUGACAGAAACCUUCAGUGUGAGGAGUUAGUUCUGCCAAACUGGGUACGUAUUGAGAUGAAGCACAAGAAGACCGGCAACCCACUGGCGCUUUCCCAGUUGCAGAGGGCUAUUACCACUGCUAUUCAGGAACCAGAUCCAAAUGUGGAUAGUAAAACUGAAGUCAAGUAUAAUGUUGAUGCUCGUCUCAUUACCAUUGAGGUGAGAAAAAAUUCUGAUGAUCAGAAAAAGGAGGAGUCUCUGUUGGCCUACUACAUGGAGAAAGAUGUUGUAGUGCACUCGCUCUUCGGUCCCCUGUUUGAACCAACAGUUGAAGGGGAAAAACUGGAGAUUGAGAGCAUCAUAGUUUAUUAUGUGGAUGAUAAAGAACCCACACAUAGCACGCAAAUGUUCACUAAAGGCCUUCUGAUUGUCGCUGGUGUGUUCAUCUUGGCAGCUUGUCUUGGGAUCCUGUUUCUGCUCUUGAUCAGAAAACAAAAGAGGGGCCAAUAUGCAAAAGCUCAGACCUGUGAAAUGGAGGAGAUUUAGGUGCUAUUCUGGAUUUCAAGAUGAUGGAAAAUGAUGCUGCAACAAAACACCUGAUGAUUAUUAAUACAUAAAUGGUUUAUGAUUUUACAUUUAUGCUCUUGUCACUGC